AUGGCCGAGUUCUUACUGCCUGGUACCAACAACUUCCGUAAGUUCACUUGCGAAUCCUUGGCUGUUAUUGAAAAGAGAAUUGCUGCCAAGAAGACUUGUCGAGGAAAUACUAUAGACCAGAAAUCUGAUGAGAAACCGCGGCCUCAACUUGACCUAAAAGCUUUCCAGAAGUUACCAGCUCUCUACGGAAAUCCUCCUCCAGAGCUCAUUGGGGAACCACUGGAGGAUCUUGACCCAUACUACAAAGACAGUAAGAUUUUCAUAGUGCUAAACAAACAGAAAACAAUCUUCAGAUUUACAGCUACACGUGCCUUAUGGAUCCUCAGUCCUUUCCAUCCAAUCCGAAGAACAGCAAUUAAAAUUUUAGUACAUUCAUAUCCUUUUUCUUCCAAGCCCUCUCAACCCCCUUCAUGGAAUGAAUCCUCUAAGACUUCUCAAUCCUCUUCAUGGAACAAGUAUGUCGAAUUUACUUUCACUGGCAUUUACACUUUUGAAUCACUGAUAAAAAUAUUGGCAAGAGGCUUUUGUCUAAAUGAGUUCACUUUCCUUCGAGAUCCCUGGAACUGGUUGGAUUUCAGUGUUAUCAUUAUGGCGUACGUGGGAGCAUUUAGUAACUUGGGGAGUGUAUCCGUCCUUCGGACUUUCAGGGUUCUGAGAGCUUUAAAAACCAUUUCAGUAGUCCCAGGACUCAAGAUCAUUGUGGGGGCACUUAUUCAAUCAGUUAAGAAACUUGCUGAUGUGAUGAUCCUAACUGUUUUCUGCCUGAGUGUCUUUGCCCUCAUAGGCCUCCAGCUGUUUAAGGGCAAUCUAAGACAAAAGUGUGUCAGGAACUCUACAGAGUUCAAUAAAAUACCUUAUCUCCUUAACAAAACGUGGGACUCCUAUGAAAUGUUUCUUAAUGAUUCAGCAUACUUUGCUAAGAAAGAAGGCACGUCAGAAAUUUUGCUAUGUGGUUCUGGUGCUGGGACCUGUCCUCCAGACUAUACAUGCUUGAGAAUUGGGCCAAAUCCUGAUUAUGAUUUCACUAGUUUUGAUACGUUUGGCUGGGCUUUUCUUUCCUUAUUCCGCCUGAUGACCCAGGACUACUGGGAGCGUCUGUACCAGCAGACUCUCAGAGCUUCUGGGAAGGUUUACGUACUCUUCUUCAUGCUGGUCAUCUUUCUGGGCUCAUUUUAUCUAGUCAACUUGAUUCUGGCUGUAGUAACAAUGGCAUAUGAAGACCAGAACAAGGCCACCAUUGCUGAAACAGAGGCAAGGGAAAGGAAAUUUCGGGAAGCCAUGGAAUUAUUACAGAAGGAGCAGGAAUCAUUGGCCAUUAAAGGAAUUGAUAUCCUGUCAAUUAGCUCCCUUGAAGCCUCUUCUCUGUCUGCCAAAGAAAUCAAAGACAGAAGCAAUAGAAAAAAGAGAAAUAAAUCCUUGGGGGUAGAAGAUAAUGAAGAAGAACAAGUCCCCAAGUCACAGUCCACAGACAUUCAACGAAAGUUGUCCUUCCUUGGCCUGGUGUAUGGUCCCAACGCAAAUCAGGACAAACGCAGACUUAGCCAUGGGAGUGUCUUCAAUUUCCAAAUACCAGCUUUAGAAGUGGAUUCCAGGCCAGAUUUCAGCGAUGAGGAAACCCGCAGGGCUGGGGAACGCGGCAUCCAGCAUCGGUCGCUGUCGGUUGCGCAGAUGGGAAGACGUCCCAGCGUGCAAAGUCAGAUGAGCCACAGCUCUCGCCCCAGCACCCCCAACUGCGUGCGGAGCAGGGCCAACGGGGACGACUGCCACGGCAUGAUUUCAGUGAUGGGAGGAGGAAGCAGCAGGGUGCACAGCCUAGAUCCAGUGUCUUCUGAAGGCGUGAUGCUUCCGCCGGUAAUGGAAGACCUGGGAAAAAGGGAUAUGCCAGCUGUAAGUGAUGAGAACAGCGUGAUGCAUUUGCCUCCUCAUCUGUCAGUGGAGUACUUUAACGAGGCACUUCAGAGACAAAGGGCAGCAAGUGUAGUCAGCAUAAUUACCAGUGUCUUGGAGGAACUUGAAGAAUCUCAGCGGAAAUGCCCACCAUGCCUGAAUGAUUUUGCUUUAAAAUAUCUGAUCUGGGACUGUUGUCCGCUUUGGUUGAGAAUCAAGAAAAAAGUGGCUGCUUUCAUGAAGGAUCCUUUUAUUGACCUCACCAUCACUGUUUGCAUUGUGAUGAACACUUUGUUCAUGGCACUGGAGCACAAUAAUAUGUCAGAUAGUUUCAAAUUGAUGCUUAAUGUAGGCAACUUGGUUUUUACAGGAAUCUUCACUGCAGAAAUGAUCUUAAAAAUAAUUGCUCUAGAUCCCUAUUAUUAUUUUCAGCAGCCCUGGAAUAUUUUUGAUGGUGUAAUUGUCACAUUGAGUUUAAUUGAACUGAGUUUACCCAAACACAAAGGCAAGAAAGAAAGGAGAAAAGGAGGAACCCUGUCAGUUUUACGAUCUUUCAGACUGCUGAGGGUCUUCAAACUGGCAAAGUCCUGGCCAACUUUAAACACUCUAAUUAAAAUAAUUGGUAACUCCUUGGGAGCACUGAGUAAUCUGACCCUCGUCCUGGCAAUCAUCGUUUUCAUUUUUGCUAUAGUAGGGGUGCAGCUUUUUGGGAGAAGUUAUUGGGAGAAUCGCUUUAAUAUAACCAAAGAUGGCAAGCCACGCUGGCACAUGAUGGACUUUUUUCACUAAAUUGUCGUUUUCCGAAUUCUGUGUGGAGAAUGGAUUGAGACCAUGUGGGACUGCAUGGUGGUUUCUGAACCACCGCUGUGCCUUCUUGUCUUUCUGCUGGUCAUGGUGAUAGGAAAUUUAGUG